AUUUGUUUUAUUUUUUUUUUUUGAAUUUUCAAUAUUUAAUAAAAUAGGAUUCUUAUGACUUCUAAUAAUACAAUAACAGCAGUCAAUGCAACUGUCUUUCAACAAAAACAACCAGAAGAAAUCGCAAGACAAUACUUAACUGAAGUCCUUGAUUUAAAAGACUUACCAACCGGCACACUGCAAGAAGUAUUAAAGGACGGUACUAUACUCUGUCGUUUUAUACAGCGCUUUGCACCAAAUGAAUGCAUUAAUAUAAACGAAGGACAUAAUAAAUUUGCCUAUCAAGAUAAUAUUGGCCAAUUUCUUCGUGUAGCAGAAAAUCUUCAUAUACCCCAAUCCGAUUUAUUUCAAACUGUAGACUUAUUAGAAGAUAAAAGAAUGCAAAGUGUUGUAUCAUGUAUUCUUGCAAUUAAAAGAAUUAUGUCCGAAAGAAAACUCAUGCCCUCAAAAAAGAUAACAGAGGCACCAGCAACAGGCAAAAGAAGUGGUAAUAGUGCUCGUAAUUCACUUUUACUUGCAUCCACCGCUCUCUAUCAGAAUAGCAAAAACAUGAAUAUCAAUAUGAAUCCAAGUUCAUGUAUUGGAUCCAUCAACGAUACUGUAUAUAAUAAACUUUAUUCUAAAAUUUCUUCAAAUUCUACGAAAUCAUCUGCGAAUCAAUAUUUUCUUAACAACCAACAAAAGAACACCAGUACCUCUUAUCUAUCUGCUGUAAGUAAUAAUAACUCAACUAAAAAGAAAAAUAGUAUCGAUUGGCAAAAGAAAUUGAAUGGCCAUUUAACUGCAACUGACAGAAAGAAGGCAAUAGCACCACAAAACACAGCAUCAGCAGCAUCAGCAGCAGCAGCAUCAGCAGCAGCAACAGCAGCAGUAGGUAACGGGAUAGGAGGAUACGUAAAAUCUCAGGUUCAAAUGAUAACUACCAAUAAUAAUUUAACCAUUGCGGAACCCGUAGUCGUUAAAGUCAGAAGGUUCUCUUCCUCUGAGAAUAGUGUUAAAAAGGAAGAAGAAAAUAGUCAACAAUUAGAAACAAAGAAGCCUGCCACAAAGCUAUCACCAGUGACUGUAUCGUUGCCUCCUCUACCACCUAUACCAAAACCAUCUAAAUCAACUCCUCUUGUAGCUGCUACAGAAGUUACAGUCAAUGAUAGAAAACCAGAUACCAACGAAACGAAGUCUACUAAAAAUAAUAGAGAGACUUAUUAUACAAAUAUAGAAUCUAGUCGAAAGACAUCUUUGAAAAAAAUGGGUUCAUGUGCUAUAACUGUCGAAGGUGAUGAUGGUAUUUCUGCAGUUUAUGCGCUUGGUAAAAGUAUUGGCAAAGGUCAGUUUGGAGAAGUAUUUGGAGGUUUAAAUAUGGAUACUGGGGAGUACGUUGCUAUUAAACGCAUAAGGAGAAACCAAAUGGAAUGUGAUGAUAUGAAUGAAGUAGGCGUACUUAAGCAUUUAAAUAGUGAGCACAUAGUAAGAUAUAAGGGAUUUUCAAAAGAUAAAGAAUAUUUAAAUAUCAUUUUAGAAUAUGUAGAAAUGGGUUCACUCCGUAAUAAUAUUAAAGCUUUUGGAAAAUUUCCAGAAAAACUUGCUGCGUCAUAUACAUACAAAAUAUUAUCUGGACUUCAUUAUCUUCAUUCUAAAGAUGUGAUUCAUUGUGAUUUAAAAGCAGCCAAUAUUCUAUUGACAAAGACAGGAGGUUUGAAAUUGACUGAUUUUGGUGUUUCAUUAAGUUUAAAAAUGAAAGAUGAUGAAAAUACAGGUGAGCCAGCAGGUACACCCAAUUGGAUGGCUCCUGAGGUGAUUAAAUUUGCAGGUGCCUCUGCAAAGUCUGAUAUAUGGUCUCUAGGUUGUACAGUUGUAGAAAUGCUAACAGGGAAACCUCCUUAUGCAGGCAUGCCUUCAUUUGCUGCUUUAUAUAAGAUUGUAGAAGACGAAGAACCGCCAAUUCCAAAAAAUAUUAAAUUAUCAAAGGAGGCUACAGAAUUUUUAAUGGCUUGUUUUAAAAAGAAUCCUGAAGAUAGACCAUCAGCAUAUGAGUUAAUGAAAUCAAAAUGGAUGGAGUCCUAUUUCAAAAGUGAUCAGUCAUUAUUAGAAGUACCAACAGUAGAAUAUGUAAUAAAAAAGAGCAAAAGUGAAACAAAUCUUGAAUAUUCAUCUAUGAACUUCAAUUCAGAACCUAUAUCUAAUAAGGAUAGGAAUGAUUAUCUAACUCAUAAUUUCGUUGAUUAUCAAACAUACCAAGAAGGAGAAAAAUGUUCUGGUUGCUCUAUUUAUAUGAAAAGGCAAUGGGUUAAAAGUUGUAAAGAAUGCCACCUUACAUUCCAUUCAUAUUGCAUAAACAAGGCGCUACCAUGUACUAAAGGUUAUCCUAUUCCUACCAUGGCAAUUAAGCCUAACCCUCUUCUUGAAGAAAAAGUCAGUUCUAAUGCAAGAUAUAAACCAUUAGGCCCCAUAACAAAUAUAGUAGGAAAAAAUAAGAAAUCUUAUGUAUCCAUUAUGCAACAGCAACCUAAUGGGCUAUAUCAACACUUCAAAUCUGAAGGCUAUUUAAAAUCAAAAGGGAACAAUAGCAAUAGAAGAAACCUUGUAGUAUCUUCAAUAAUGACAUAAUAAGGCACAAACAUAUUGUAUAUAUUCGCUACCAUAUUGUAAAUAAUUUAUAUACACGUAUUUUGUUUUAGUCUUGAUUUAUGACAUAAAAUAAAAAUUAUACUUCAACUUUUUAAAAUACAAUUGUUAUACAUGUACAUUAUGUAUAUACACAUAUUAAUAAAUUUUUUUCUUACCUAUUCGACUUGAAUGCUUUAUCUUUUUUUUUUCUUUCAUACAUGAAGUUUAUUUAUUUUAACUAUAAUUUGACUUUUCACAUUAUUAUUAAG